CCUCAUUGAGAAUGGUUUUCAGUUGGCCUGUGUGGGCAAAAUGCAAAUCCCGCUCCGUGUGUGUGGUCUCUGUCUCUAUUAGUCCAGUCACAUUUCCCACCUCCAGAUUCGUCUCUUUGGGCAGAUUUUCUGUGUCCUGCGGUCUGGAAGCUGCUAUGAAGGUGUAGUUAUAUCUGCAGGCGGAAAGUCCCAUGGGUGACGAUAUAGUAACUUGGGUGUUGCUUCUUAUUCCGUACUGUGAAUGUUCCCUUUGUCUGAGAUGGUGUCACAUAGGCCAGGCUGGCCUCAACCUUCAUAUGCAGACUUGAUCCUUCUACCUCUGCCUCCCAAGUGAGGAGUAAGCUGCCAUCCUAGCUGUACGUCCACUCUUUGUUAGCAUUUCCAUUGAAGUCUGACAUAUUCUAGGUGGCAGCUUUCUCAGCAUAUGCCUGCAUACCUCCGGUGCUGAAGGCAGCUACCUCAGUGUUAGCCCGUACAAACAAGACAUAGCAGAUAUCCCUUCAGUGUAUGUCAUUGAGCCUAAUGGCGUGGGGGUGAGAACCGCCUCGCAUAAAGGGGAAACUCAAACAGUUGGUCCCCAGCAGCUGUUUAAGGAUGCUUUUGUACCUCAGCUGGUGGCACCUCCAGCAGAGAGGGUGACUCACUAUGACUUGAGUCAUUCGUCAAAGGAAAGUCUGUGUCCAAGGUUAUCUUCUCCCUGCUUUUCUAGCGAGUGCUUCUACAUGGAAUCUUCUAAAUGUGAGUUUUGUUUUGAGGCAGUUGUAUAUACUCUUACAUCAGCCCUUUUAGGACAUGAUCAAGGAGUGCCCCAAGCAGGAAGAAUCAGGACAGACUGCCUUGUUGCAAGUUUGCCCAGGCUUUACUUCUGUUUAUAAAUAUGGAGCUUAUUGAGAAUACAGAAAAUCUUUCCAACACCAGGUAUACAAAGUGUUGUCUGGGUAAGAUAAUUGACGUAAAGGUGACAGACACAGGGUCACUUGGCAAAUAAUCAGGAUGGGAACAGCAUGAGAAGUCCUAAUCAGCGGUGCCAUUUGUCCCUUCCACUUCUAACCCUGUACCCCCAAGUGUUACUCAGCAGUCCUGGUGGCUCUAGAAACUCUGAGUCAUGUUCGGCUCAGUUAUCUGCUCAUUCAAGCAUCUCCAUAGAUCUCACAGAGGCCUGCUCCACCCUUGGCCUGGGUGUGUACACCUGCUGGUUAACUAUGGUCACUGAUAGGUUCCAGAGGGGUGAGGGCACUUCUGACCAAGCACCUUCUCUAUGCUACUUUGGCCUGGCCAAUGCUGACCCGUCAGUGAUAAACUGUCUGCACACCUUGUCCCGGCGCAUUGCUACCGUCCUGCAACAUGAGGAGCGCCGCUGCCAGUACCUCACACGGGAGGCCAAGCUGAUCUUAGCACUUCAGGAUGAGGUGUCUGCUAUGGCCGAUGCAAAUGAAGGUCCUCAGUCCCCAUUCCACCACAUCCUGCCCAAGUGCAAGCUGGCUAGGGACCUCAAAGAAGCUUAUGACAGCCUGUGCACAUCUGGUGUAGUACGGCUUCACAUUAACAGCUGGCUAGAAGUGAGCUUCUGUCUUCCCCACAAGAUCCACUAUGCAGCUUCAAGUCUGAUCCCUCCUGAGGCUAUUGAACGGAGCCUGAAAGCCAUCCGCCCCUACCAUGCUUUGCUACUGCUCAGUGACGAGAAGUCUCUAUUGAGUGAGCUUCCCAUUGACUGCUCCCCGGCUCUGGUGCGGGUGAUCAAGACCACGUCUGCUGUGAAGAACCUACAGCAGCUAGCCCAGGAUGCUGAUCUGGCCUUGCUGCAGGUCUUCCAGCUUGCAGCUCACCUGGUGUACUGGGGCAAGGCCGUCAUCAUCUAUCCACUGUGUGAGAACAACGUCUAUGUCCUGUCUCCCAAUGCCAGUGUGUGUCUGUACUCUCCACUAGCUGAGCAGUUCUCCCGCCAGUUCCCGUCUCAUGACCUGCCAUCUGUCCUGGCCAAGUUUUCCUUGCCCGUUUCUUUAUCGGAGUUCAGGAGCCCCCUGGCCCCCCCUGCACAGGAGACCCAGCUCAUCCAGAUGGUGGUGUGGAUGCUGCAGCGCCGGCUGCUCAUCCAGCUGCAUACCUAUGUUUGCCUAAUGGCAUCACCCAGUGAGGAGGAGCCCCGACCUCGAGAGGAUGACGUCCCCUUCACAGCCCGAGUUGGUGGCCGCAGCCUCAGCACACCCAAUGCUCUAAGCUUUGGCUCCCCAACCAGCAGUGACGACAUGACCCUCACCAGCCCCAGUAUGGACAACUCCAGUGCAGAGCUGCUCCCCAGUGGGGACUCACCACUGAACAAACGGAUGACAGAGAACCUGCUGGCCAGCCUCUCAGAGCAUGAGCGGGCUGCUAUCCUCAAUGUGCCCGCAGCCCAAAACCCUGAGGACCUCCGUAUGUUUGCCAGGCUCCUUCACUACUUCCGUGGCCGCCACCAUCUGGAGGAGAUCAUGUACAAUGAGAACACACGGCGUUCCCAGCUGCUCAUGCUCUUUGACAAAUUCCGCAGCGUGCUGGUGGUGACCACCCAUGAGGACCCCGUUAUUGCUGUCUUCCAGGCACUGCUCACAUGAGCCCAGGUGGCAUGCUGAGUGUGUGGAUGGAAACAACCUCCCCUCUGCUGCAGAGUUCCUGACUGGCCUUAGGGGGAUAGGCAACCCUAGCCUGGCAGAACUGCUCCCUGUGUCGGUCGUCAGUCUGGUCAGAAGCAGCUAUGGGGCAACCAUUGUUGGGCUUUGUCUUUUCCCUGAAAUUCUAGCCCAGACCUCAUAUUUACUGUUAGCUAAGGAUGACCUUGAACUCCUGAUCUUACUGCCUGUCCUCCAAGUGCUAUGACUACAGAUGUGUGCCAUCCAUGUCACUUUUAAAAAAUAUAUUUAUUUAUUUUUA